AGUACAGCAGCAGCAACGGGAGUAACCGUAGCGGAGGACCGUAGCAGCGGUAAUAAAGCCUCGUUUAACCGGGGAGAAGGACCGUAGCAACGGUAAUAAAGCCUCGUUUAACCGGGGAGAAGGACCGUAGCGGCGGGAAUAAAGCCUCGUUUAACCGGGGAGAAGGACCGGAUAGAAGGACCGUAGGACCCGGUUUUCAUUGAAUAUCACGGUGUGUGUGAACGGGCUGACUGAAUUAAUAGCAUUAGGAAAGUUCAUCCUUUACACCUGAACUUCCGCCCGGAGACAGGCUGUCAAUCAUUCCAAUGGUCAUCUUAUCUCACAAGGAGUCUCCGACUCAGUGUCUCCAUGGUAACGUUGGCGGGGUCUGAUGUCGGCCUCUCCUUCAGCUCUCCUCGCCCCUCCCGCCAUGCCCACCAUGGUCUCCCGGCUGCCCAAGUUUGGCUUCCGGCCCUCCUCCUCCGGAGUGCCCCAGGCCAGCAACCCUCAGAGCGUCCCUACUGCUACAGCUCCAGGUGGGACCCCGAUGGGCGGGGUCGACCUCUCUGCACCCCUCACCAACGGAUCAAACCACCAGCCCCCAAACACCGUCUCCACCGCCGUCACAGGGGGCCUGGUCAAGAACAAUGGUUUGCUCGGCAUGCCCGCCCCUCUCUCCAUAAGUUGGACCAAAAGAGGAAAGGUGGGGGUCAACAGGGCGGGCGUGCCAGGUAGGAAGAUCGGGGCCGUGGCCCAGAGUGACGUCGUCACUCCGUGCCAACAGCUCCAACUCCCGCCAGCGCAACAGCAGCCGUCGCCGUCGACAACGCAGCGCUGGCUCAAGAAACCCAACCCCCCGGUAACCACGGCGCCGACGACAGUUGCCUCUAAAGUGCGCGUUUUUGGUUUGGGAGCAGCUUCAGCGUCCUCGCCACCAUUGGGCCCUAAACUCCUCCCUGCUGUAAAGGGCGGAGCCGGCGGCACCCGACCGGGCCAGAAGGCUGUGCCGGGCCUCACCAACGGGACCAGACCAAACCUCAACGGCCCCGCCCAGCGGUUCGGGGCCCUCCGCCAGCGCGCCAGCUCGUCCGGCUCCGGCGGGCCGGGGGGCUCGCGGCCCAGCUCUCGGUCGGGCUCCCCCCUCCUCAGCAAGCAGCCGGCCGGCCGCUCGCAGUCCAGCGACAGCCUGAGGACCGGGGGUCUCGGCGGGGGCGGCCCGUCCGUCCGCCUGCUGUCGGAAAAGGACCGUCUUCGCUCCCGGAGCCUGAACCAGGUGCAGAAGCAGCCCUGGUCCACGCUGCCUGCCGCGCUGUCGGCCGCGCCGGCCUCCUCCAGGAUCACGCGUUCAUACUCCCUCAACAGGGCCGCCGAGCGGGGCUCCAAGGAGCCGCCACCGACCCCGCCCUCCUCCCGGCUGCUGCUCCUCCCAAAGGCCCCGGGGGGCCGGUCCCCCCUGGCCAAGCACGCCCCUUGGGGGGACGCAGACGGUGUGGUGGGUCUCGGGGGAGCCAAAGGCCUCCUCCCGGUCUCCCACCUGAAGAAGCCCCUCCUGCCCAGCACUCACCUGUCCUACAACGCCCUCGGAGCCCACCGCUCGCGGCCGUCGCUCAUCAGGCAACCCCGCCCACUCCGCGUCACACCGGCCCCCGGAGCACAACACCACAGUCAGGAAGUGGAAGUCCAGGGAGCGGAAGCACGUAGGAACUCUCUGGAGUCGCCCUCGGUCACGCCCUCCACCACGGAGAACAGCCCCGGCAGCACCCCUGAGGCGGUGGAGCGGGUGUCCCACGGCGAGGUCUCCCUCCUGGGGGAGACGCUGGAGGACAUGUCCCUGUCGUCCACCUCCUCCCUGGAGCGACACAACGACACCAGCCAGGAGUACAUGGACGACUUUGAUAACCUCGGAAACGGUGGUGUUGGAAUCCUGCUUCUCUCCACCAAUGACGGUGGAGAGGACAUGGCCAUGAACCAAUCGGAGUCCAGAACACAUGAUGUGAAAGUCCUCUGUAGCAGCGAUGAGACGAGGAUGUCAGGGAUGCCCAGCUUCCUCGGGGACAGCAUCGACUGGAGCGACGUGAGGCUCAGUGGUGACCCAGAGGAUUACCAUUUGAGCAGGUUAACCAGGCAGAGGAGGACCAGCCAACAAGACUAUCAGGAACAGGGCGGGUCGUCUCUGGACCUGUCCCCCUCGGACAGCUGUGGUUCUGGGGGAACGUACAUGUGGGACGAGGAGGGUCUGGAGCCCCUGGGGGGGGCGGUGACCUCCGCCACCACCAUCACGGCCAACACCGCCAGCACCGCCCAUCACAGAGGGAGCUACGACUCAGACCUCAAUAGCAUUGACCUACUGAACAAUCUGGACUCGUGUGAUCUUGACGACGAUGACCUCAUGCUUGACGACGAGCUCCCUGAAGACCCGUUGCUGCACGGCGAUGGGGAUGGGAUCACCCACAUGGCCCAGUGGAGGAUGCCACAGCUCUGCUGGGGAACACAGGAUAUCCACAAUGACAACAGUGAGUUCCAGUCCUACCAUCUGACCGAGGACCCUGGGAACCAAAGGAGCGACAAGGAGCUCCUCCUGGGUCUGUCGACUGCAAGAUCUGCUGGUACCAGUACUGGUCUGAGUCUAUCCCUGAACCGGGACCUGGACCUUGAUUUGAGUCUGGGUAUGGAUCUCGGUCUUGGGAUGGAUGUGGAGGAGCUGGCUGAUAACUGCUCUGCUGUCCGAGCUCAGCUGGAACACCUGCAGAGACUCCUGCUACAGGAGGGAGGGGGUGAGGAGGAGGAUCUAGAGGACACCCUGACCACAGACACCCUUAGCCCAGAGGACUCCAACAGCUCAGAGGAGCAGCCCCUCAACAAACAGGUGGCAGAGCUGUUUUGCGAGGUGCAGCAGCUAAGGGAGGACGUGAGGAGGAGGGAUCAAACCAUCGCACAGCUAACACAGCAACUGACUGUUCCCGUGGCGACUAGCAGGUGUCACUGCCGGGAGACGGGGACGGAGAGGCGGACGGACGGACAGACGCAGACGACGGUAGCGGACGGAGGGCGGGCAUGGCUGCACCAGGCCUCACAGACACCCUGGAGGGAACACAAUGGCUCUCCUCCCGUUCCUUUCCUCUCUCCUCCGUGGCAGUACCAGCGCUCCAGACCCUACAGGGGGAGGCAGCGACCGUGCGUCCCCCACUGCGGUCCACAGACCUCAGGUACUACCGUCCCAUAUCCAGCUGGACCAUCAGGGCCAACUGACCCGGACAGCCCCCGGCCUGGCCCGCCGGGCGCCCCCCCCCGCUGAACCCACCUCCCCCGUGGUACUCCAACACCGCCUGACUCUUUUAAGCAACGACACUCUGGAAAAGCCCGCCACCCCCGCUCACGCUGGCCCCAG